UCCCAACUCAACUCGAACCGAGACGAUCUUGCUUCUAGAAUCUUCUUCCCUUCUUCCCAAACCAAAAAAAAAGAAAAAGAAAAAGAAUCUUCUUCUCCGACCCGCCCCGCCGGUGGGGAGGCGGCGGGGCCGCGGGAAUCCGGCAAAGCGACGGCGAUGGCCGCCGCCCGUGGUUGCCUCGUCUCUCCGCCUACAUAAGGGGGCGCCUCUCCGGGCUCCGGCGCGUCGGAUUGGGAGGUCGGGAUGGGGAGGCGGGGGCGGGUGGUGCUGCGGCGGAUCGAGGACCGGGUGCGGGCGGGAUCUGCUUCCGGAAGAGGCUCGCCGGGCUGGAGAAGAAGGCGGAGGAGCUCGCCGUGCUCUGCGACGCCCACGUCGGCUUCGUCGUCCUCUCCUGCUCCGACGACGACCGCCUCCACCAUUUCGCCGCGCCCGCCACUAUAGAAAACAUUGUGGAACGUUAUGAGAAUUCUCUAACAGCACAAAAGGGAGUACAUGGCAGGCGCACUCCGGAAAAGAGAGACACUCAUUGGUGAAAAUUUUCCUGCCGGUGCUGAUGAUAAUUAUUUUACCAUACCAAGGGCAAGGAUUUUCAUGUUCCCAAGGAAACAACAGAUAAAGGGUCGAACGAUGAUGACAUGCGAUCUAUUGAUGAAACAGACAUAUCCACAUUGAACAUGGACCAGCUUAGCCAAAUUGAAAGAUUACUGGAAGAUGAACUAAGGUGGACAAGGGCAAGAAAGGUGGUGGUGGAUAGAAGUGCCAGAUUACAAAAAAAGGUGCAGGGGAAAGCGGCGAUUGUUGAGGUUGAGAGGGGCUCCAUGGAGAUUCCCAUAGAAUCUGGGCAGGAGAAGAUAGGAGGGGAGGCUGUGGAGGAGCAACGGAGCCGGACUACGCCGUUGGACCUCAACAUGCCUUGCUGGGACGCAGGUCCUCUGCAGUAAACGUAGAUAACAUUAUCUUUGCACAGCAAUCUGAGUCUGUCUAACGUUAGUCGCUACUACUGUCCCCGGUACUAACAGUGUCGUAAGUUACUGUUGCUGGGAAACUACUACUACGCUUUGCUAAUCUUUUUUUACUGUAGCCGUUCAUAUCCAGGAUACUGUGCCGUAACUGGAGCACACCAGAUUCAAAUCAAAUGUACUGUGACACCAUUGUAUUUUAAAAUGUGUUUUUCUCCUACUUCCUACUAGUUCUAGUUCAUGUUCGGUGGAAAAUUGUAAACCAAAUAAACCGGCAUCGGUAUUGGUCGAUGUGUACCCGUGGGCUCUGUAAUAAGACUGUCCGUGCCUGCAAAUUAGUACUGAUAA